GUUGUAAACACCAGCCAGUCUCCCUGUCGUCGCCUGAUCUCAGGAUGUCACAAGUCUCGCCCUUUGUCUCACCCCUGAACGGAGGUUGAGAGGCUCAUAAACUUGCCCAGUGGGCUUUGUCCUACAAAGGAACUUCUGGUGGUACGUCCAUCACUACUCACUACUCGAACCGACCUCUCUCAGACCAGUCCUACGCCGAGGCAGAAGAACCUGUUGAAAUCCAAAAAGAUGCAGAACCUACCAAGCCCAGCCGAAGAGCAGCCGCCGUACGACCGAGUCAAGGCAUACCUCGAAGAUUUCAAACUCCACUGUGAGGGCCGAAGGACCGCCGUCGCCCGUGACUUCGACCAGCUCUUCCGAUGCCGGAUCUCACCUGGCGACUGGCUCAAGGUACAGCGAGAUCUGCAUAUCUACGACCUCGACGAAUCCCCCGGUCGAUUCUCAUAUGAAACCCGUUGCAAAUUCUCCUACCAUGCCUCAACGUCGACUCUUAUCAUUGAAUGUGCCGCCCCAUCGGCCAUGCAUGAAGUGGCAGUUGGGUUCAUCGAAGGUUGUUUCCGCUCGGUGACCGACCCCACCACUGUGGGCUUUGUUAGAAAUGAAGACUACGAGCUCAAGGGCGAAGGUCCCGAUCCGACCAAAAAGGCAGAUCUUGCGCUCGAUGAAUUUACCCACGGAGGUCACAAGUACAGAUGGGUUCUUGAAGUUGGUUUCUCGGAAACAUAUGACGAGCUCCUCGAAGACAUACAGACCUGGCUGACAAGAAGCGGUGGCGACAUCGUCCAUGGGGUUUUGAUGAAAAUUACAGAAGAGCCGCCAUACCGUUGUCCUUUACCGGGUGUCUCCGACGAGGAACUCGAGCGUCGAGGGCUAAAGAGCCAUGACGAUAUAUCUGAAGACGACUUCGUGAUGGAAGGGGAAUAUGGACCAGUAUCUUAUCAGGGUGACCGCUGGGUAGGAGAGAUUAAGGAGGUCUUCUGGGAAGUCUGGCGCCUGGAUCCCGAAACACGCCAGCUCCGGCUCGUGGCCCAACGGGAGGUUAUUGUCCCCAAAACCAGCUCCUCAUCGCAAAUCCAACUCGACGAGUUCCUAACGACCGCCCCAGCUAAUGUACAAGCUUCACUAGACUGGGAUCUUUUCCGACUCCUUCUCAAGAGAAAAAUUCCAUCGCUGGGCCUGAAACGAUACCAAACGUGGAUACGUACACGAAAGAGAAGAGAUGGGGAUGAUAGAAGGACCGACCCAGACUAUGUGUGAAGGGUUUCUGCGAGACAGUUCGACUAUCAGGGUUGCAGGCUCGUUGGCACUUGGUUGCCAUUGCAGGAUCGUUGCCAGUCUAAUUGCUAGUCUAGUUAGUUGUCAUUGCUUACAGGCCUUAAUCAAAUCAUACCAUCUGAG